UCUAAACCAAUCGGUGGCUUUCGUGUUUUCCCUGUCGUGUCAUAAACCAUUUGACUGCUCAAAACUAUGGGAUUUAUUGGUCACGGUGUUAUGAUUGACUACGCGCUCUACCAGACAAGAAAUGGAUUUGAAUUCACGGCGGUCGCGCAACAACCAAUUCGGCUGUAACAACUGAAUGCAAUAAAUCAACUGGAGAGUCGAUGUGUUCAAAUUCUUCUCCUUCUCCAUAUUGCAAUGGCGCCGAAUACCUCCUUAAUCUUAGCCGAGAUGAAAGCCGAGGUAUCCUCACGAGAAACUGCGAUUUUUGUAGCAGAGUUCGUUGUUUUUCUUCUUUUACUCAUCCUUAUACUUUUCGGAAACUCGCUGACUUUGUACGUCGUGUUGUCCAACCGUCGAUUACGAACUGUGCCAAAUCUCUUCGUGGUUUCUCUUGCAGUGUCUGACUUAGGUAUGGGUGUCUUUGUUUUAGCCUUGGGGAUGGUAGCGCUGUAUGUAUCAAGGUGGCCAUUUGGUGACGCUGUCUGCCAGUAUAAAGGCUUUUUCGCAAUCACGUUGGCGGCGGCAUCUAUACAGACCCUCGCCCUGACAUCAGUCAAUCGUUACUUCAAAGUAGUUAAACCCAGCCUGUAUCGCAAGUACUUCACCAUGCGUGCGACCAUCAUUUGUAUCCUUAGCUCGUGGUUUCUGGCAACUUUAGCUACAAUCCCGUACCUCGCGUCGGGUUUCCGAAUGAUAUACCACCCCGGCAAGUUCGUGUGUUAUUACAAUGAUACUAGUUGGUGGUUAGGAACUGUGAUCAUAAUCUAUGUCGGACUUCCAAACAGCGUCAUCGUUUUCUGUUACUAUCAGGUCUUUAAAACCGUCAAAAUCCACCAAAAACACCUUCAAAGUACGCAAAACAACCGCAGUAAUGUCAGCGUUGAAGACAUCAAAAUCACGAGAACGCUUUUCGUGGUGGUGGUUUUCUUCAUGUUCUGUUGGGCGCCGUAUAUGAUCGUCGAUCUUGUGGACGUCUUUCGAGGUUACUGGUCAAUGAGUAGGGAGGUUUAUACAAUGAGCACCUUUCUUGGGACUCUGAGUAGCGCAGUCAAUCCAGUAAUCUAUUGCUUUCUCAACUCAAGCUUCAGAAGGGAGUACUCGAGGUCGCUUGGCCUGAGGAGAAGGCGAACAGAAGAUAGGUGUCCAACACGGACUGAAACUGAACGGAACGCGAUUCGAGGAGGCGAUAACAAGAUUAGAGUUGGUUGGACCGAGUAUCUAGGGUGAAACGUCUUUAAAAACACACUGAAGCCAUGAAUAUGUUUUGGUUAUACUUGAAUAUGGAAAUAUCUAAUCAUUUACAAAAUUUUAAUAAACUAUUUUACGCUAA